AUGUCAUCAGCUAGACAAGGUGUUCAGCCCGUGCGAAAUCCAACGCUUGUUGCUCAGACUACUCCAGAGCAAAGGUACUGGCGAAGUUAUGUUAGUCCGCAACUUAUAAAAGAGAAUCAUCCAAUCAAUCACAUUGAAUUUAACCCAGUUUCACCACAUGAUUUCUCUGUCACGUCUUCCACGCGUAUUCAGGUCUUUUCCUCGAAAACACGCCAAGUUAUCAAGACGUUUUCGAGGUUCAAGGAUGUGGUCCUUGCAUCGAACUAUCGUUUUGAUGGUAAAUUGAUUUGUGCUUCGGAUGCCACUGGCUUGGUGUCCAUCUACGAUAGCUAUCAACCUAGAAAUCUUUUGGUUAGUCUAAACCCUUCACUGCAUCCAACCCAUGCAGUAAAGUUUCACCCGACAAUCGCUUCACAAUUGUUCACCGGUUCAGAUGAUAGGAAAUUGAGGCUUUGGGAUAUCUCACAAACCUCUCAAGGUCCAAUUAUGCAAUUUGAUGAGUCACAUCAUGGUGAUUAUAUUCGUAGCAUAAAUUACAUCCCGGGAAACCCCAACAUGGUUCUUACCGGGUGUUACGAUGGAGUUGUGAGAUUGUUUGACACAAGAGACUCGACGGGAGCAGUAGCACGCUUUGACCAAGAGGACCUUGUCACGGAUGUUUUGGCUGUUAGCUCAAGCACUAUUGUUAGUGCUGGUGGUCCGCAUGUGAAAAUAUGGGACUUGACUAGAAAUGCACAAAUUCAUCAACUCGACAAUUUUACAAAGACAACAACUUGCUUGCACGACACAAAGGAAAAGGGUUUACUAGUGGGAUCAUUGGAUGGUCAUGUCAAAAUAUUUGACUACAACACUACAAACUGGGAUGUCAAAUUUGGCUGGAAGUUCAGUAGUGGUGGUGUUUUGACAUGUGCUGUUUCACCAGAAAAUCAUAAACACUUUGCCGCAGGUUUAACGUCCGGCUUAAUCUCAAUCAGAACGAAGAAGACGGAGCCAAAGGUAAAACAAGGUGUUAAACAAGAGACAACAAAUGCAUAUGCGAGAAUGAUGAAAGGCAGGGACUACUCUGGCGAAGAAGAAUACGAGAUUGUGAACAAUACUAGUACACCUCAGCUGCAACAAAAGGGGAAAUUAAAACAAUUUGAGAAAUACCUUAAUGCUUUCAAAUGGGCAGAGGCAUUGGACAGCGCAUUUGCACCGGGAUUACCUAAAGAGCAAACCAUCACAAUUUUAAAUGAGUUGAAGAAGAGGGGCAAGAUGAGAAUCGCGCUUUUCGAAAGAGACGAGAUAUCUUUGUUACCAAUGUUGCAAUGGUUUACUAAAAAUAUAGAAGAUGUGAGAUCAUUCAAUCUAUUAUGCGACUAUAGUGCGGUAAUCUUGGAGAUGUAUGGUGACAAGAUUGACAAAAGUGUAAUCCUUGAGGAAUCGUUUAACAGUCUUUUGAAAAAGAUUGAGACGGAAAUCAAAAAGUGCAAUGAAGCUAUUGAAAUCAACGGUAUGUUAGAAUUACUUACAGCCCAAUAA